AUGACAUCUUCAACGCAACCUCCCGAACCGGCAUCGAACCCUACACAAUACGUGUAUUUCUUGAUCACGCUGACCCGCGCAGUCGGCACCGAUCCCUUCCCACCGACCGAGCCCUGGGAAGGAGAUAUAGUGGGUCGCUGGCUAGACAAAGAUCAACUAAAUUUGAAGAUGACUGAGCUGAGGUACUCUAUGAAGAGCGGCUCUCGUUGGACCAUAAAGGCUGGUGAGUAUACCGUGGCGCAUGGAGGAGUGGAGCCGAUGAAAUUGUUCACGCCUGUUAUUGGGAGGGAUGUUGAAGAAGGCGGCGAGAAGGUCUGGAGGUUAUACUGGGUGGAGAAGAGGAAGAUGUAG